AAAGAGUGACUUGGCCAGUCGAGCAGGCAUUUCCAGGCCUCUCCGCUACCCGGACAUGUACAAGAAUGCGGUAACCCGCGUCCGGGACUUAUACAAAACCUGGAAGAAUAAGUCCCUGGAUCUAGCGCUGAGAAAAUUUAAUAAUUGGAUUCUGACACUCACACCUCGGCAGGCGCACAAGAUUCGUGCCUCAAUGGAUUUUAUUCUUGUGAACCAGGCCAUAGCUAGCCGGUUUGAACUUAGCUGGGUAUUUGAUAUUUUUCCUUGGGCUCAGCAGGUGAUAUCCAUCGAUGACUGCUCUACUCUGGGUCAGGACUGGUUGAAGUGUAAGUAGAGGAGUUGGUGAAAGGCUUUUGCAGAUGAUACUAAUUAAGAUUAGAUAUCACAACCCAGCUGAUGACCAUGACCUAUUUUGCCAGUCUCACUGAGCAGGACUUUAUGCAUUGCUCAAAGCUCAGAACAUAUAAUAAAUGGAACCGCCACGCUGUGCUGCAUAUGUUUGAUGACUUGCAUACAUGCAAGCGAUUUCAAGAUAAGCUUAGCAUUGGAGACUUCCCCCAGCGAUUAAAGCCUGCGUUUAGAAUACGCCGUGGUCAAUGGAAAAUCAAUAUCAAUGAGCUCCCAGAAGGUGAUCCUGCUGCAGUACAUCGGGAGGAACGCCCCCUUCUAGAUGAUUCUGACAUAUCAGGUUCGAGUGAUGGUGAAACACAUGCCACUGUGUCCCAUUUGCCAGAACAGUGCCAGGUGGGUCAGAAUCUGAAUGGGGCGGCUGCAGCACUGCCUGCCACUGGUAGCCAGAGGCAGCAGCACCGAAAGAAGAAUGCAGGUGGUAAUGAUGGUGGGAGUGAGUAUGCAAGUGAGGAUGGGUAUGAGAACAGGAGUGAGGAUGGGUAUGAGAAUGAGAAUCACAGCACUCUAUAUGUGCAGGGCAGGGAGAAUGAAGACAGCAACACUGGACCAGAGCCGCAAGGUGGCUACAGGACAAGAAAAGGAAAACAACCAGCCCGGAACUGAAAUAUACACACAGUAUGAUGUUCAAGGGUAUACUAGGUGAUGGAGCAUAUCUGGCUGUUUUG